AUUCUCACUCAGUCGAUCUUAACUCUUGAAGCUCCAUGAACUGACUAUCCCAUCAUUGGAUUGGAAUAAAGCUCUUCUUCCAAGUCUACUGUUUCAUUCCAUGGCGGAUGGUGGUGGCAGAUGGCUGUGCCAGGUGCCUGAAAGUGCUCAGGUUCACAUGGCCUCCAUUUUGUUCCAGGUGGGGCAUGCCGGGAACCAUGUCUUGCUUAAAACUGCACUCAACAUGGGUGUGAGCAAGCUAGUUUUCCCUUUCUAUAGGAACAUCAUCGCCUUCUCUGUCUUGAUGCCCUUUGCAUAUGUUUUAGAGAAGAAAGAUAGGCCACCUUUAAGCUUUUCAUUCCUGAUACAAUUUUUUAUCCAUGGACUAGUUGGAAUUACAUUAAAUCAAGGAUUGUACCUCGUGGGAAUGGAAAAAACAUCACCAACUUUCGCUUGUGCCAUGGACAAUGCUAUUCCUGCUAUAACAUUUAUCAUGGCAACCAUAUUCAGAUUAGAACAGGUUCACUUGAACAGGAAAGACGGUAUAGCUAAGGUGCUUGGAACUGUGUCUUCAGUGGCUGGAGCUUCACUCAUAACACUCUAUAGAGGACCAACUAUCUAUAAACCAACAUUACAGAUCCACCAGUCUCAUUUGAUGUCCACACUUGGAGAUGAUCAGGAUAAGAACUGGGCAUUGGGUUGUAUCAUUCUUCUCUGCCGUUGCCUAUGUUGGUCUAGUUGGUUUGUGUUACAAGCACCACUUUUAAAGAAAUACCCGGCAAGGCUCUCAGUCACCUCAUAUACUUGCUUCUUCAGUAUACUGCAAUUUUUUGUAAUUGCAGCAACAUUUGAACGAGAUUUCCAAGCCUGGCAAUUUGGCUCUAGUAGUGAGCUCUUCAUUCUUUUCUACUCGGGUCUGGUAGCUUCAGGCAUGGCUUUUGCAAUACAGAUAUGGGUUACUGACAAAAGUGGCCCUGUGUUUGUUUCCUUGUAUAUGCCUCUACAGACCUUACUUGUGGCCAUAUUGGCCUCCAUUGUCUUAGGAGAAGAAUUUCACUUGGGAGGGAUUAUCGGCACAGUGUUGGUUGCUACUGGUCUGUACUUAGUGGUUUGGGGUAAGAAUGAGGAAAGCAAGUUUGCCCUAGAGAGCAUGAAACUUCCUUCAAUGUCAAAUAAUGAUAAGGGAAAGAAUUUUGAGAAAUCUACCCUUGUCCAACCAUUAAUUCACACCUCAAAUGAAUAAUUAUUACAAGUAUUGUCAUAGAAAGAUGAAAUCAAAGAGGAGAGAUCAUGAGUGAGGGGUCAAGAAGAGUAUGUGUCUAUAUAUAGAUAUGCAAUGCAUAAUACUGAUCUCUCUCCCUCUCUCUGCCAUUUAUCAUUUCCACUGAGAAUACUUCAAGAUUUUGAGAUGUAUUUAUGUUGUUAUAUAGUUUGAUUUAGUUCCCCAACAAUACUAGAUAAACACUGAGGUUGAGUCUUGUGGUGCUUUGGAACAAAGCCAAUGAAUCAUACUUGUAACAAGUUCAAGUUUU